AUGUCAUCCACACAACUCCAGGUGGUCGACGGGGUUGCACUCAACCAGAUUUUUGUUGGCUUGAAGCUGGCGAAAGAGGAUGAGCGCAACCGUAGCGCCAUCGAAUUGCGUAACUUCCUCGCAUCCAUAGCCAGAGACUUAACUCCAGAACAAUUCAACCGCUAUAACAACGAGAUCAACAGAACCAUCUUUGAUUUGCUCCAGAGUAAAGACACCGUGCAGACUCUCGGAGGAAUUGCAGCGUUGAAUGCGUUGAUCGACUUCGACAGUGGAAUCGGAGAGGAAAAUGCAACUAAAACAGCCCGAUUCUCCAACUACUUGAGCUCGUUGAUUCUCUCCAAUGACCUUACCAUCAUGAAGCAUGCCACGCGAACUUUGGGUAAGUUGGCCACUCCAGGCGGGACCUUGACCGGUGACUUCGUAGACUUCGAAGCUAAGAAGGCCAUCGAGUGGCUUCAGAGUGACAACCGUCAGCACGAAAACAGAAGACAUGCAGCUAUUCUCAUCAUCACUGCGUUGGCCGACAAUUCUCCGUUGCUUCUUCAGGGCUAUAUCAACCAAAUUCUUGAACACAUAUGGGUACCUCUUAGAGACUACAAGUUAAUCAUUCGAACCGACGCUGCUGUCACGCUCCUGAAGUGUAUGUCGAUCAUAUACUCAAGAGAUGUUGAAGCAAGACGGAAGUGGAUUCGUAUACUUAUUGAUCUGGCAUCGAACGUGCUUAAUGAGAACAAUUCCAUCGACACAGACUCUAAUGCGAACGGCUACUCCUCAAGCUACAACUUGAUUUCCAAUGCUACCGCCCCUUCAAACGAGGCUAUUCAUGGUUCCUUAUUAGUUUACCGUGAGUUGGUCAAGUAUAACGAUGACCCGUACAUCAAGUCCAUGUUUGAAGUCAUGUAUGAGAAUAUCACCCUUUACAAGAGCCACCGCCUGUCUGUUAUCAGGCAAGAAUUGACCAACAUAUAUCCACUCCUUUGCAAAGUGAAUCCUGAUUUGUUUGUGGAGAAAUAUUUGCAUCGCACCCUCUACUUCUUCUUGUCUCAGUUAAAAAAAUACAAGAACCAACACGGCGAGGCUGCUAACGCAGACAAGAGUGCUAUUUUACGGAGCAUUGGUUUGAUUGCAUUGGAGGUGGGUAACCAAAUGGCGACGUAUUUGGAUGCCAUCUUGGACAAUAUCAGAGAUGGGCUCUCCUACCCGGGAAACUCGACUGUGCAGCUGAUUUUGGCUCAUGCUGUUACUAAUGGAGACACUACGGGUACAUCUUUGAACUCUAUCUCUACUGCAGCAUCCGGAUCAUCAAAAUACAAGGCAAUUCGCAAAGAUACAGAGCCAGCUAUUUUUGACUGCAUUGGGAAGCUUUCCAUCGCGGUUGGUCCAGCAUUAACUAAGCAUCUUCAAAGGGACAUUCUCGAUAUGAUGUUCAGCAACUGCUCAUUAUCGACGCAUAUGCAAGAUGUGUUGCAGACCCUCAUAACGAAUAUCCCUUCACUAACUGCUACUAUCAACAAGAAAUUGCUUAAUUUGUUGAGCUUAGUGUUGUCUGGUAAAACAUUUCAGCCUCCGGGGUCUCCCUAUGGAUCGAUUAAGAUCAACGAAGCGUCCGCCCGUGAUUACAGAUUGAUCAUGAUUUCCAGAGAUACUGGACUCAGCAUAAGCAGCAUUCUCAAUAAUCCUGAGGUCUAUCAGACACAAGACAAUGCCAUUAUUGUCCAGGCGUUGCAGAUGUUGGCAUUCUUUGACUUCGAAAACUAUCAGCUCAACGAAUUUGUCAGAUAUUGCAUUAUCACAUACUUGGAUAGCAGUAGCCCGAAAAUCCGUCUGACUGCUACGUCAACUUCUUGCAAAAUCUUCAUCAAGGAUCCUAUUUGCCAGCAGACCAGUGUGAACGCUUUGAACGCCGUCAAUGAUGUCGUGGAGAAAUUACUUUCCAUAUCGAUCACGGAUCCAAUAGCAGAAAUCAGACUCGAAGGUUUAACCUGUCUUGAUGAAGCCGGUAACUUUGAUCCCCAACUAUCACAGUCGGAGAACGUUAAACUGUUGUUCAUUGCAUUGAACGAUGAAGUAUUUGCUAUCAGAAAAGUGGCUGUGAAAAUUUUGGGCAGAUUAUCAUCCAUUAAUCCAGCAUAUAUCGUUCCCUCUUUGAGAAAAACUUUGAUUCAGCUCUUAUCUAGGUUGGACUUCGCAAACACAAGUCGGAAAAAGGAAGAAAAUGCUGUGAUUCUCUCGCUUUUGAUUUCCCACUCGAAUGAGCUCACUCGCCCAUACACAAAACCCAUUGUUGAGGCAUUGCUCCCUAAAGCAAAAGAUUCCAGCUCAUCCGUGGCUGCAAGUGCAAUCAGUUGUCUUGGAGAGGCUGCAAUAGUUGCCGGAGAAGAUAUGAAGCCGUUCCUUCCAGAAUUAAUGCCAUUAAUUUUGGAUACAUUUCAAGAUCAAAGUUCAUCUUUGAAGAGAAAUGCUGCAUUAAAGGCAUUGGGCCAGAUCGCAAGUUCAUCUGGCUAUGUCAUUCAACCUUUGUUGGACUACCCACAACUCUUAGGUAUGUUGGUUGGGAUAUUAAAACUGGAAAGUUCGGCACAUAUAAGAAGGGAGACUGUUCGUCUUUUGGGUAUUUUAGGUGCAUUGGAUCCUUACAAACAUCGUGAGGUCGAGCAGACCUCCCAGAAAAUUCCUGUGGAGCAAAAUGCUCCUCCGGUUGAUAUCGCGCUUCUCAUGCAAGGAAUGUCUCCUUCUUCUGACGAAUACUAUCCCACUGUUGCCAUUAAUAAUUUGAUGAAAAUUUUGAAAGAUCCUUCCUUGAGUUCUCAUCACAAUAAGGUUAUUCAAGCUGUGAUGUAUAUUUUCCAAACUCUUGGCUUGCGUUGUGUGUCCUUUCUUCCUCAGAUUAUUCCUGGAAUUAUCAAUGUGAUGCAUAAUUGCCAACCAAGUAUGCUCAAGUUUUACUUGCAACAGUUGGGUGCUCUCAUUCUCAUUGUCAAACAACAUAUCCGACCAUUCCUCACUGAGAUUUUUGGAGUCAUCGAAGAAUUUUUCAAUGCCAGCUCUCAUUCCAAUAUCAGAGUCAUCAUCAUUCACCUCAUCGAGUCCAUUUCCAGAGCUUUGGAAAGCGAAUUUAAGAUGUACCUACCAGACGUUUUGCCUAUGUUGCUUAACUUAAUUGAGGAUGAUAAAUCCCAAGAUAGAGAGCCUUCCAUACAUGUUUUGAGAAGUUUUGUUGUCUUUGGAAAUAACAUAGAGGAGUAUGUUUAUGUCAUUGCUCCAACAGUGGUUAAGAUGUUUGAGGUGGGUCCAUUGCUAUUGAGAAAAACCGCCAUUGAGACUAUUGGCAAGCUUUCAAAGAGUGUUGCUCUUAACGAUAUGUCCUCCAGAAUCGUUCAUCCAUUAUUGAGGGUUUUACGCCAAGGCAACGAGGAGUUGUCUGUGUCUGCUAUGAACACGUUCUGUUGCUUAGCUCUCAGUUUGAAGAACGAUUUUGUUGUAUUCAUUCCUAUUAUCAAGAAAGUUUUGAUUCAGCAAAAAUUUCAAUCUGCCAUGUUUGACCAAAUUGUCACCAAAAUGUUAAAUGGUGAUCCUUUACCUACACACUUGAUAAUUUACAAGGACUAUGAGUUGCAUAUGACCCAUUUUGAUGUUCCAGAUAUUGACAUGCCUUCCAAGAAGUUGCCGGUCAAUCAGAAUGCGCUUAAAGCUGCGUGGGAAUCUUCUCUGAGAAACAAUACAAAAGAAGAUUGGCAAGACUGGAUUGCCAGGUUGAGCAAGGAGCUUUUGAAGCAGAGUCCUUCGCAUGCAAUUAGAGCAUGUGCUGGACUUGCUUCCGAUUAUCACCCUCUCGCCAAGGAUUUAUUCAACUCAAGUUUUGCAUCAUGUUGGAGUGAGUUGUAUUCUCAACAUCAAGAAGAGUUAAUCGAAUCCUUUUGCAUAGCAUUAUCUUCUCCAAACAAUCCUCCGGAGAUUCAUCAGAUUUUGUUGAACUUGGCUGAAUUCAUGGAACACGAUGACAAAUCUUUGCCUAUUGCGAUAACUACUCUUGGUCAGUAUGCUCAAAGAUGCCACGCAUAUGCUAAAGCCUUGCAUUACAAAGAAUUGGAGUUCUACGAAGAGCCAACGACACCAACUAUUGAGGCUUUGAUCAGUAUCAAUAACCAAUUGCAACAGUCUGAUGCUGCUGUGGGUAUCUUAAAGCAUGCCCAAAUGCACCAUGACCUUCAAUUGAAGGAAACGUGGCAUGAGAAACUUCAAAGAUGGGACGACGCUUUGAGAGCUUACAAUGAGCGUGCAAAACUUGAACCAGAUAAUAUGGAAGUUGUUAUGGGUAAAAUGAGAUGUUUGCAUGCUCUCGGAGAGUGGGAACAACUUUCUGAACUUGCCCAAAGCAAAUGGAAUUCUUCUACCAAUGAGAUCCAACGAGGUGUUGCGCCUUUGGCAGCAGCAGCAGCUUGGGGAUUGGGCCAAUGGGAUAGAAUGGACUCAUACAUCAAGGUCAUGAAGUCCGAAUCACCUGAUAAAGCAUUCUUCAGCGCGAUUUUAAGCUUACACAGAAAUAACUUUGAGGAUGCCUCGAAUCAUAUUUUGAAUGCUAGAGACCUUCUUGUUACAGAGAUAACUGCAUUGGUAAGUGAGAGUUAUAAUAGAGCAUAUGGUGUCGUGGUGAGAGUGCAAAUGCUUGCAGAGUUGGAGGAAAUUAUCAAGUAUAAAUGUUUACCUCAAGGUUCUGAAAAACGUGCAUUAAUGAGAAAGACUUGGAACACUCGUCUUUUGGGCUGUCAAAGAAAUGUUGAUAUUUGGCAGAGAAUGCUUAAGGUGAGAGCACUUGUUAUCAAACCUAAGCAGGAUAUGGAAAUGUGGAUUAAGUUUGCCAACUUGUGCAGAAAAUCAGGAAGGUUCAAUUUGGCAGAGAAAUCCUUGAAUAGUUUGUUGGAAGAAGGUCUGCCCGAGAACCCAUCUCGUGCUCCACCCCAAGUCGUCUACGCCCAAUUGAAGUACAUGUGGGCUAAAGGUCAGAGAAAAGAAGCUCUUCGCCACUUGGUCGAUUUCACUACGCGUAUGUCACAAGACCUUGGUUUGAAUCCAAAUGACUUGAUCACUCAACCUGUUCCUCUGGAUGGUCCUGGAAUUCCAAAGCAUGUCGAAGAGUACACAAAGCUACUAGCAAGAUGCUUCUUAAAACAAGGUGAAUGGCAAAUUGUUUUAAACACCAAUUGGCGUACAGAAACAUCUGAGAUCAUCUUGGGAGCUUACUUAUUGGCAACGCAUUUUGAUGGCAAAUGGUAUAAGGCCUGGCACAACUGGGCAUUAGCCAAUUUUGAGGUCAUCUCGCUCUACACUCAAGGCAACCGUGCAGACUUACCAAAUGUUAUGGAGCAGAACGAAGGCUCUGAAAAGCACAUCCAACAGCUGCAGAUGAUUUCUAUGGAGGUUGUGCAGCGCCAUGUUAUUCCAUCUAUUCAGGGCUUCUUCCACUCUAUUGCCUUGUCGAAUUCGAAUUCUUUGCAGGAUACUCUUCGUUUGCUUACGUUGUGGUUCAAGUUUGGUGGAAUUUCAGAAGCUGCUCAAGCGAUCACUGAUGGUUUUAAUAUGGUCAAAAUUGACAACUGGUUGCAAGUUGUACCUCAGUUGAUUUCCCGAAUCCACCAACCAAACCAGAUUGUUAGUAGGUCAUUGUUAGGUUUAUUGACGGAGCUUGGUAGAGCUCACCCGCAAGCAUUGGUUUACCCAUUGGCUGUUGCGGUGACCUCUGAAUCCGUUGGGAGAAAGAAGGCUGCCUUGUCCAUCAUAGAAAAGAUGAGAAUUCACUCACCUACAUUGGUUGAGCAGUCUGAAUUGGUGAGUCAUGAGCUUAUCCGUGUCGCUGUUCUUUGGCUUGAACAAUGGCACGAAGGAUUGGAAGAGGCUUCAAGAUUGUUCUUCGGUGAUCAUAACGCUGAGAAAAUGUUUGAGGUUCUUGACCCGUUGCAUAAGAUGUUGCAAAAGGGUCCUGAAACUGUGAGAGAGGCUUCAUUUAACAAUGCCUUUGGAAGAGAGCUUGCUGACGCAUAUGAGUGGGUUUUGAACUACCGCCGAACUAAGGAUAUCACUAACUUGAACCAAGCUUGGGACGUGUAUUAUAAUGUUUUCCGUAGAAUUGGAAGACAAUUGAGCCAGUUGCAAAGUUUGGAAUUGCUGUAUGUAUCACCCAAAUUGGAGGAUGCAAACAAUUUAGAGUUAGUUGUUCCAGGAACUUACCAACCUGGGAAGCCAAUUGUUAGGAUCAUGAAGUUUGACCCAACAUUUACCAUCUAUUCUUCCAAACAGCGUCCUAGAAAGUUGAGCUGCAGAGGAAGUGAUGGAAAGGAGUAUCGUUAUCUUUUGAAGGGUCACGAGGAUAUCAGACAAGAUAACUUAGUUAUGCAGUUGUUCGGAUUGGUUAACACAUUUAUGUUGAAUGACACAGAGUGUUUCAAGAGACACUUGGAUAUUCAGCAGUUUGCUGCUAUCCCAUUGUCUCCAAAGGUUGGUUUAUUGGGCUGGGUUCCUAAUAGUGAUACCUUCCAUAUGUUGAUUAAAGAGUAUCGUGAGUCAAGAAAAAUCUUGUUGAACAUUGAACACAGAAUUAUGUUACAAAUGGCACCAGAUUAUGACAGCUUGACCUUAUUGCAGAAGAUCGAAGUGUUUACCGCAGCUCUUGAUAAUACUAGGGGCCAAGAUUUGUACAAGGUGUUGUGGCUCAAGUCCAAGUCAUCGGAGGCUUGGUUGGAUAGAAGAACAACUUACACAAGAUCAUUGGCGGUUAUGUCUAUGGUGGGAUAUAUAUUGGGAUUGGGUGAUAGACAUCCUUCUAAUUUGAUGCUUGACUGUAUCACAGGAAAGGUUGUCCAUAUCGAUUUCGGUGAUUGUUUUGAGGCAGCAAUUCUUCGUGAAAAGUAUCCUGAGAAGGUUCCAUUCCGUCUUACCAGAAUGCUUAACUAUGCUAUGGAGGUCAGUGGAAUUGAGGGUUCUUUCCGUAUAACUUGUGAGCAUGUGAUGAGAGUGCUUAGAGACAAUACAGAGUCAUUGAUGGCAAUUUUGGAAGCUUUCGCAUAUGAUCCAUUGAUUAACUGGGGUUUCGAUUUCCCCACUAAGGCACUUGCGGAAGCCACUGGAAUCAAGGUUCAGCAGUACAACACUACCGAACUUUUGAAGAAGGGAGAGAUUGAUGAGGCUGAGGCGGCACGUCUCAACAAGCAAAACGCACUUGAAAUCAGGAAUGCCCGUGGUGCCCUCGUUCUCAAAAGAAUCACCGACAAGUUGACAGGAAAUGACAUCAAGAGAUUGCGUGGAUUGGACAUCACCACCCAGGUGGAUAAGUUGAUCCAGCAGGCAACUAGUGUCGAGAACUUGUGCCAGCACUACAUUGGAUGGUGUGCGUUCUGGUAG